CGUUUCGCGGGCGCUUGCGACGGAAGCGAAUGGUGGGCGCUGCGGCUGGUCCGGCGGGGACGGAAGCGGAGGGGCCUCUAUCUACAGCUUGCGGGCCGUCGGAGUCGGGAAGUCGCUCGCGGGCGCACUCUCGCGCUUGUAGCUAUCAUGGGUGCGACGCCGGGGUUGGUGGCGAUGGUCGUGUUUGUGCUGCUGGGCGCCCCGCGUGCUGAGGCCAAGGAGCAGACACAGGCCCAGCCCGGGGACCCGAUGGAGACAGGGUGUCCGAUCGUAGCUAGGGAGGAGGUGGACGUUCUUUUGGAGUUUGAGGGGGAAGGGAACUUUUAUUUCUCAAGAAGGCUGCUAUCGCUUCUAAGACAAGACCUGGCAGCAGCGCUGUCUGCUGCAGGAACACCUGAUGCCCGAUACAUUGGGAUCAAGCCGUCAACACGCUUUUGCUCAUCAGCCCACGCUGGCACUUCGCGUCGUCUUCUGCAUGCACCUUCAUGCACGGAAUUGGCACUGGUUGUGUAUGUCACAGACCAUGCCUUGGUGGAAGGUGUCAGAGAGGCGAUCCGCGAUCGAGAUUUCUGUGCUGUAGCUGAAAGCACCCUGCGUGUUUCCGAAGGUGUAAAAGUUCACUGUGGGGUGCGGCAAGUGUCCAGUGCAUCAGUGCCUGGGUUGUCGCAUGACACCCAGUCAUGUGACUGGGGAAUGGGCGUCGAAGGUGUGUUCAUUUUGGGCAUCUUUACUGGAGUGGUGGCUUCAGUCAUGAUCACCAGUCUAUUGUGGCUUAUCAGCCACAAGACUUGCUGUGGGAAGACAAAGGGAACAGAGAAAAAGAUCCAAGAAUGCAAGAAGCCUGAUGGGCAGCCUGAGCUGAAGGUCAAGUCAACAUUGGCAAGCUUCAACAUGAGGAGGAACUGUGAUGUAAACCCUCGCCACAUUCCUCUGCAAGAGGACUCGCCCUCUUCCGGUGAUGGAGGGUCGACACAGGUGGUGAUGGUGGAUGAACUAGGCAUGCCCUCAAGCCGGGAGAACCAACAUGAACCCAUAGUUAUGUCAAUGUACUUCGAAGAGGUUCUGCCGAUUUCGACAGCUUUGGACAAGCUUCCCCAAAGAUCUGGGGUUGUAAAAACAAGGAUUCUUCAUAAGAAAUACAAGGUGCAAGAAGCCGACCUUGCCCAGGAUGGCAGCCACACAGACCCGGCGACUCUCCUCUGCCUGGGCUCCAAAUUUCUCUUCAUGAUUGACAUAAGGAAGAACAAGAAGAGCCAGGCGCCUUUCCCAUUCGCGUCCGUGGACCACGUGGUGGUGGUGCUACCGGACGGCGUCCCCCAGAUGCUCCGCCUGGUCACCCUAUCCUCCUCGGGGCCCAACGGCAAGGGGGGGUCAUGUGGGUCCUGCUGGCACAGGGUUGCGGCCCUGUGGGACCCUGCCCAGCACGGCUCACGGUCCCUCUCGAAGGUCACUCCAGACGGCGCUUCCCUGUCUCUGGACGUCACAGUCGUCUUUCGAGUGUUUGGUACCAACCAGGGGAUGUCGUAUGUCAAGAAGGCGAUGAGUGUGAGGGUCAGAGAGGGGGGGAAGGCGCUGCCCUCAGACGCGCAGUACUGCGGGCACUCGAAGGGCUCCUCGCUCCCGGAGUGGGUGAGGACGUAUGUGAAGGGGGCUGCCGUGACGCUCAGGCCUGCUGAGAACUCAGGCGGGCUGAUUGUAGAGCAGACAAGCUGA